AUGGAUCCCAUCAAGUACAUCUCCAAGAAACCUGGAUUAACUGGCAGAAUCGCUCGCUGGCAAAUGUUGUUAUCAGAAUAUGACAUUCAGUAUGUAACUCAGAAGGCCAUUAAGGGUAGUGUGUUACCAGAGUACCUUGCGCACCAGCCAGUGGAGGACUAUCAAUCGAUGAGACUUGACUUCCCAGAUGAAGACGUCAUGUACAUAAGAGACUAUGCGAUUCCAGGCCCGGAAGAAGGACCCGAACCAGGAUCACGGUGGACGCUCGUGUUCGAUGGUGCCUCAAAUGCAUCGGGUAACGGAAUUGGGGCUGUUAUAGCUUCUCCAACGGACUUUCAUCUUCCCUUCACGGCAAGGUUGUGUUUCAAAUGCACCAAUAACAUGGCGGAGUAUGAAGCAUGUAUCUUGGGAAUUGAAGCAGCUAUUGACCUAAGAGUCAAUAUUCUUGAGGUGGAGGAGAAUGGGUUAGCCGAUGCCUUGGCUACUCUGUCAUCUAUGUUCAAGGUCAAGUGGGCUAACAAAUCACCUGCUAUUACAAUUCAGCGUCUAGAUGAGCCAGCACAUUGCUUGGCAGUUGAAGCAAAAACAGGUGGCAAGCCUUGGUUUUAUGACAUCAAACGAUAUCUUGAGAAGCACGAGUAUCCAAAUGAUGUAUCCAUCACAGACAAAAAGACCCUAAGAAAGUUAUCAGCCAAUUUCUUCCUAAGUGGUGGUGUUUUAUACAAAAGAAACUUUGAUUUAGUUCUGCUCAUAUGCGUAGAUAGACACGAAGCUGGUCUACUCAUCAAAUAA